AUGUUGAAGCGCAAGAAUUCCUACAGUGACCUCACCCACACACCUGAUUCGUCUGUUUAUGGCGAUACGCGCAUCAAGCGCAACAAGCGUCUCUUCCGUUCCAAAACCCUUAAUCGCAAAGAGUCGUGGACUCCCGACACAGAGCGCGCUAUGACUGAGUUGUUAGAAUUUAUCCUGCAGCACGAGGAGGCGUUCAAGAAUCAACACCGCCUUUCGUCUCUCUAUGCAGACUUCCGCCAACAACAUGAGGUGAACCCCGAGGGCUAUCAAGCGAAUAUCGCAGCAUGGACGAAGGCCCUCACCGAUGCGGCGCGCGCGGGCGUCAUACCCACACAGGGCACCACACACGAUCUUCUGAACAUCCGGACAACAGAUGACCUCGCGCGCGCAUUACAACAUCCUCAAUAUGGGAAACCAACAUGUCUACCUGCAGUGUUCCACGAAGCAACUCAAAAGAAGGAGAUGGUACCGUUGAAGGACUUUAUGAACUCCAAGGAGAGCAUAUACAAGACAUCGUGGAUACCCUCCCCGUGGAAAGCGCUACAAUGGGGGCUAAGGCAAGUUGGCGUACUGGGACAGCCCACAUCACCAGACAGGCUUGGAGUCGGGAAUUUCGUGGUGCUUAAGAAUGUCGAGGUCGCUGCGGACGAAACGUUGAAGAAGAUGAAGGAGCACACAUCGACAGCGGAUCGAGUACUCUCAAAAGCGGAUUUCCUGAAGCGCUUCGACAAGACUUUGAACCCUGCGGCGCCACUCACGAAAGCCGAUAUGGAGAUUCUUCUCGUCCAUCUAGCAAGAGACAAGCAGGCGAUCGCAUACAACGCGCAGACAAUCAAGUUCAAACCUGAGCACGAGGCGGAACCUCUACCCAUCACUGAAGAAGACACCGCCAUCGCUAACCUGCGCGACACACUGGCGAACAUCAACGCGCAAAUACCACCGCUGAUGGAGAAGGUCGCCGCAGCUGAUGCCGCAGCUCGUGAGGCAGUAGCCGCCAAGCAGAUGAUCCGCGCCAAAGCCGCCCUUCGCUUGAAGAAGCUUGCCGAGACCGCUCUUGCACAACGCUCCGACGUCGCCCUCCAGCUCGAGAGCGUAUAUGCACAACUCCAGCAAGCAGCUGAUCAGGUCGAGAUCGUAGAAGCCAUGCGCGCCGGCGCUGCAGCACUCAAGGGUCUGAACGAGAAAGUCGGCGGCGCAGAAGGCGUACAAGGUGUUGUUGAUGCGGUCAACGAACAGAUGGCUACGACAGAGGAGAUUUCAAAUAUCAUUAACGAGACUGAUCAGUCUCUUGAUGAAGGGGAGAUUGAUGAUGAAUUCGAGGCCUUGGAGAGGGCGGAGAAGGAGAAGCGCGAAAGGCAAGAGGCGGAGAAGACUGCUGCCCGACUUGCCGAGCUGGAGGAGGCAGAGAAGAAGCGUAGUGAGAAGGAGGCGGAGCGGCAAGCGCAGGAAGAGGAAGACGAGGAGACGGAGAAGGAGAUUGAGCAGGCAUCUCAGACCCUCAGGCGGAUGUCUUUCAGGGAAGAGGAUGAUGAAGAGUUGGAGGCUGAGGAGGAGAAGCGUGUUCCAAUUCCAGCGUGA